GCCCUUAGAGGCACACACCUCUCUCUGCAGUAGAGGAGGGCAACACAAGGGGGGAGGAAGCUCCUGAGCUGUCAAGUGUCAAAUCAUUCCAGCAGCUGUGCGAUGUGGUGCUGAACCCUAUACAUCACCGACACCCAGCGCUGCUUUGUUUCAUUCACUGAGGGGGACACAAUAUAAGCAACGUGAGUCUCUUCCAUUCAGCUGCCCGGAAUCACUGGAGGAGCUCCGGGCAGCAGCUCAUGAUGUGCUUAGAGAGUGAUGGAGCGGGCACGGGUGGCAGCAGCCAGGACUGCAUCCCGGGAGCGGAGGACGGCGGAGGAGUGGAGACCUUGUCUGGCAGGAUAAACCCCGUCCCGACCGUUCUGGAUAUUAAAUCCCCCGAGAUCGAGAGCCCGGCUAUCAAAGCCUGCCUGGACAAGAAAGCCCCCAAUAUGAAGAGAGCCAGGGUGGCAGCGGCUGGCAUCCUGAGUGUGGGCAACGUGCUGAAUUACCUGGACAGGUAUACAGUGGCAGGUGUUCUACUGGACAUUCAGCAACACUUUGGAGUGAAGGAUAGUGGUGCUGGUCUACUACAGACAGUUUUCAUAUGCAGCUUCAUGGUGGCCGCUCCGAUAUUUGGUUACUUAGGAGACCGCUUCAACAGAAAAGUGAUCCUGAGCUGUGGGAUAUUCUUCUGGUCAGCAGUCACCUUCUCAAGUUCCUUCAUCCCCAAGCAGUAUUUUUGGCUGCUUGUACUCUCCCGAGGCUUGGUGGGCAUCGGGGAAGCCAGUUACUCAACAAUCGCUCCCACUAUCAUUGGAGACCUGUUUACCAAGAACACACGUACAGUUAUGCUGUCAGUCUUCUACUUUGCUAUCCCUCUUGGAAGUGGCUUAGGCUAUAUCACUGGUUCAAGUGUCAAGCAAGUUGCAGGGGACUGGCGCUGGGCUCUGAGGGUCUCACCCGUUUUGGGCAUGAUAACUGGGUCUUUGAUCCUGAUAUUUGUACCAACUGCCAAAAGAGGCCACAUAGAACAACUUAAGGCACGGAGUUCAUGGUUUCGAGACAUGAAGGCUCUGCUUAAGAACCGCAGUUAUGUCUUCUCUUCAUUGGCAACGUCAACAGUGUCCUUUGCAACGGGGGCUCUGGGAAUGUGGAUUCCCCUCUAUCUGUACAGAGCCCAAGUGGUGCAGAAAACAGUGGAGCCUUGCAAUUUUGGAGCUUGCAGCACCAAAGACAGCCUGAUUUUUGGAGCAAUCACCUGUAUCACUGGCUUUCUUGGCGUAAUAAUGGGGGCUGGAGCUACUAAGUGGUGCCGUUUGAAAACACAACGUGCUGACCCACUUGUCUGUGCAGUUGGCAUGCUGGGAUCAGCUAUCUUCAUUUGCUUGGUCUUCGUCGCUGCCAAAAGUAGCAGUGUAGCUGCAUAUAUUUGCAUAUUCGCUGGCGAAACUUUGCUUUUCUCCAACUGGGCCAUCACUGCUGAUAUGUUAAUGUAUGUAGUUAUUCCAACACGUCGUGCAACUGCUGUGGCCUUGCAGAGCUUUACAUCUCACCUCCUUGGAGAUGCUGGCAGCCCAUACCUUAUUGGAUUUAUCUCGGAUCUCAUCCAGGAGAGCACCAAUAAGACCCCACUUUGGGAGUUCCUGAGUCUCGGCUAUGCACUGAUGCUCUGCCCAUUCGUUGUGGUUUUGGGGGGAAUGUUUUUCCUGGCUACAGCACUUUACUUUUUGGAAGACCGUGCCAAAGCUGAACAACAAGAGCCUUGCUCAGAUUCCUUCACUGUUGGCAGCUGUAGUGACUCAGAAGAAGCCUCCAUCUUGUAGCUUUAGGUCAAUACCAAGAGUGGAAGACAAUGACUCCUGGACAUAGAUAAUGAAAUCUUCAAAAACCAAAGGACACAAGGGGUUGUAAUUGCAAGCUGCUUUGACAGAAAUUCUCCACCAAGACGAGGCUACAGGAAAUAGCUUACAGCAAUGAUAAUGGAUGUCUUUCGAUUUAUGAAGGCUAUGCAAGUAACCUCGGAUUUUUGCCAAUGGCUAUAAACAUGACGGCAUUCUUUAAGCUAAAAUGGAUGCACCCAGCUACAUCAUUGCAAGGUGCUACUGCAAUACAGUACAAUACACUGUGAUCAAUGGGCCAAAACAACCAGCACCCAUUCCCAGUGUGUAACCCUUACCUUGCCACAAAAUAUCAUGACACGGAUGCAAGGGUGAAAGUGUAAUUAUCAUGUUAAGGGAUUUUUU